GCGGCGCGACCCCCUGGCAACAAGAUGGAGGGCUCCGACGACAUCAUCUGCCCGCGCUUCUCCAUCUCCAUGGGCGGCAAGGCGCUCUUCAAGGACGCGCGCCUCGCCCUGAUCCACGGGCACCGCUACGGCCUGAUUGGCCCCAACGGCUGCGGCAAGUCGACGCUCAUGCACGCGAUCGGCUACGGCACGUGCGAGGAGAUCAAAAAGGCCAUCCCGCCGAACACGGACAUUCUGCUCGUCGAGCAGGAGGUGGCCGCCUCCGACGAGAUCACCGCGCUGCAGAUGGUCGUCGCCGCCGACACGCGCCGCACCGCGCUGCUCGCCGAGGCGAGGACGCUCGAGAGGCUGACCGACGCGUACAACCUGUCGCUGGACGAGUCGAACGGGAUCACGCCGGACGAGCUGGAGGCGGGCGGCGUGCGCUACAUCAAGGAGGCCAAGCUGCAGGGCGACUCCUUCGCCGUCGGCGCCAAGCUGACCUUUGAGGGGCGCGAGGUGACGGUGCUCGAGGAGAAGGACAAGGACGGCGACAUCACGAUCCAGGACGUGGUCCGGUACGACGAGGAGCGGCUCAACGAGGUGUACGACGAGCUGCAAGACAUCGGCGCCGACUCGGCCGAGCAGCGCGCCUCCGCCAUCCUCUCCGGCCUCCAGUUUCUCGAGGAGCAAAAGGCGUGGCCGACGGCCUCCUUUUCGGGCGGCUGGCGGAUGCGGAUCUCGCUCGCGCGCGCGCUGUUCCGCAAGCCGCGCCAUCGGCUGCGUAAGCGAACCUCGCUCUUACCUCAGUGUGGCUCCAGGAUAACCAACGAGGGCUACCUCCAAAAGUGGAAGCACACGCUCGUGGUCGUCUCGCACGACCGCGACUUUCUGGGCACCGUCUGCACCGACACGCUGCACUGCUGGCAGUCGAAGCUGCAGGACUACAAGGGCGGGUACGAGACCUUCGCAAAGGUCUUCUCGACGCGGCUCGAGGAGUACCAGGCGGAGUACACGCGGCAGCAGAAGAAGCUCAAGGAUCUGCGCAGGCAGGGCAAGGUUAGCAAGGAGCUCGGCAAGAAGGACGGCGGCGCCGACACGACCGCGUACAAGAAGCAGAUGCAGCUGGUGCUGGGCAAGGCGUCGCAAAAGCAGAGGGAGCUCGCCGGGUUUGGCGGCGCGGGCGGCGGCGACGGCUCCGAUGACGAGCAGGGCAUGCUCGACGAGAUCAAGGGCCGACCCCACUCGCUCGCCGGCAGACUCAACAUGCACAUCACGUUUCCGGUGGCGGGCGAGAUCCCGAUGCCGAUCCUCGCCGUCGACGAGGUCGACUUUCGGUACAGCAUCGAGAGCGAGGACCCGGCCAACCCCGACGGGCCUCCCCUCGUCAAGCCGGGCCCCCUCCUCUUCACCGGCGUCGACUUUGGGCUCAACAUGGACUCGCGGAUCGCACUCGUCGGAGCAAACGGCACGGGCAAGUCGACGCUGCUCAAGCUCAUGCUGGGCGAGCUCGAGCCGACGCAGGGAGAGGUGCGCCAGUCGCGCAUGUGCAAGAUCGGCUUCUACAACCAGCACUCGACCGACCAGCUGGCCAAGGGCGUGCGGCUCGCUGCCGGCGAGGCGCUCACGCCCGUCUCGUACCUGCGGCACACCUUCCCCGAGCUCAACGUGCAGAUGAUCCGCAACGCGCUGGGCAAGUUUGGGCUCGAGGGCCACCACCACCUGCAGGAGAUCGCGACCCUCUCGGGCGGCCAGAAGUCGCGCGUCGUCUUCGUCGAGAUGGGGCUGCGCAAGACGCACCUCCUGCUGCUCGACGAGCCGACCAACCACCUCGACCUUGAGACGGUGGACUGCCUCGUCGAGGGGCUCAAGCACUUCAAGGGCGGCGUGCUCGUCAUCACGCACAACGUCGAGCUCAUCAACAAGGUCUGCAAGGAGAUCUGGGUCAUCGAGGACCAAAAGGUCGGCCGCUUCCGCGGCGAGUUCGAGGAGUACCGCCAGAUGCUCGAGGAGCAGCUCCACGCGAUUGCCGACGAGGACCCGGAGGAGAAGCGGAGAGAGAAGGAGCGCCUCGAGCGUGUGGCUGCCAAGAAGGCGCAGGAGGCGGCGGCCGCGGGCGGCGGCGGCGCAAAGGGGCCGAAGAGCAAGGCGGAGCGCGACCGCGAGCGAAAGGAGGCGCGCGAGGCAAAGGCGGCCAAGGAUGCGGCCGAGGCGGCAGAAAAGGAGCGGCUGGCGACCGAGCAGCGGGAGGCGGCGGCGGCCGAGCUGGCGGCGGCGGCGGCGAGCGCGAAGGCGGCCGCGGACGCGCGUCUCAAGCGUGAGUCGGAGCUUGCGAGCGCCGUCCUCAGCGCGCGCGGCCGCCCACUUGUGGAGGUGGUGGCGCAGCUGGCGGAGCACGCCGCUGGACCGCUCGCAGUGCUCCUCGCGCCGCUGCUCUCCGUCGUGGUAGCGCGCCUCGCCGCCGCCGGCGUCGAUUUGGCCGCCGACCCGAGCGGGGCCGCCUCGACUGCGGCGGCGGCCGAGGUGGUCGGCGCGUGGCAGCAGCCGGUGGGGUGGCUGGUGUGCCGGUGCGCCGACCGGCGCGAGGCGCAGCUCGAGCUGCUGCGCGCGACGUGCGACUCGCUGGGCGAGGCGGCGCUGCUGGCGCAGGCGGCGCCGCUGCUCAAGGCGCUCUGGGAGGCCGACUUGAUAGAGGAGGAGCUGCUGCUGGGGUGGGCGGAGACGUUGAGGCCGUCGCUUCGCCGCUGCGUCGAGCCGUUUGUCACGUGGCUCCGGACUGCGGCGGUCGACGCCGAGAACUAA